GUGAAAGUUGAGGAGCGAAAAUCGUUCAUGGCCACCGUCUUCCAUAAUAUGUUACCUCAGCGGUUGAAGCGCUACGACUACUCUUACACGUAUGAAUAUGGAUCUCUUGAUUUUAGCGCUGCUAAACCUUCCCUCAGACCACAGUGGCAAAGCCUGUACUAUCCACUGUCUAACGAGGUGUGGUUUGCUGUCCUAGGCGUCACGGUUGUCUUGCCGAUUUCUGUCUACUUGUUUUCCUUAAAAGGACUAAAUGCAGCAACCCAAUCAAUGGACAUCAUUGAGGCUACCCAGAUGGUUGUCGCCACAUUGCUCUCCCAAAACCUAUCAAAGAAACUCCCACAUUCAAAUUCGAGUCGCAGUCUAGUAGCAGCGUGGUUGGUGUUCGUUCUCGUAAUAGGGACAGUGUACCGGGGAAAUUUAACCGCCGCACUCACCUUGCCCAAGUAUCCGCCCAGAACGGAAACGGUCCAGCAGCUUGUUGAAUCCUUCAAGAGCAUCACGAUGCCUCCGUUUGGCAAGGAGUUUAUUAAUUUCUUCAAGCAGUCGAACUCUACCUUGUAUAAGACCUUAGCUGAGAAAAUGUCCAUCGUUCCCGACGUUAUCACGGGUUUACAAAGAGCCCAAGACAUCAAGGAGGCGCAUGUGGCUGGUAGAAGAUACAUGGAGCAGAUGAUCGCAAGACAUUUUUCUUUGGCGGAUGGAAGCGCUCGUUUAUAUGUAGGCCGAGAAAGCAUCCUCCCAGGAAUCUCUGCAUGGCCCAUGCCUCAUGACGCACCUUAUAGGUAUCAAAUGGAUCGUUUGAUGAUGGCCGUCAUAGAGGGUGGGAUCUAUGAAAAAUGGAGUGAUGACAUGCUGCUAAAAACAAGGACUGAAGCACGAGCUAUUCAAAGAAAUGAGUUUCUAGAGCAACCAAACACAGGGGAAGACAUUGGUAACGCUCUGACUAUUGUACAUAUGCAAGGUCCUCUUUUACUGCUGCUACUGUGCCUUGCCACUGCUAUCUCCAUCUUCGCCACAGAGCUCUUCCUUCAUUAUAGAAAGAAGACGUAGAGUACUAAUAAAUGUGUGUUUGUUUGUGUGUGUGGGUGUGUGUGUGUUCACACAGCUCUGUAUUUACCUAGGUAAUCUACUAGUCGACAACCCAGCCCUACGUCCUAAAAUGAUCUUCUGGUAAGAUUGAAACCACACCACAUACCAGACAGUCCUUCUCUUAUUAAGAGGCCUCCAUUUGUCUCGCCACACCCGGGACUCAAAGCCAAGGUUUCUUGAUUUUGAGGCGAGUGUGCUAACGAGCGAAGGCAGCCAAUUACAAAGCAGCUUUGGGUUCUCCGUGGCUGAGGAAUCUCUAAACUUCGAUACAGCAUAACGCCCCCACAGUUACUAGUCACCACAGUCAACAGUCUUAACAGUCUUUUCAUUAUGGUUACUGAACCUCAUAAUAAACCCUAAAGACAAUAAUUCACAAACAUUGAGACCUUAAUCUUGCUGAAAUAGAUGUAAAGUGAGGGGUGCAGUGAUUUUGGGCAAGCUUGACGACAAAAAUCACAGCGAAAGAAAAUAGUAAACACAGGCAGAAUGUGGUAGGGUAGUGGUUUUGUUUAUGGUUGAAUGUUUAUUCCAUAGCAGCAGUUACUGGAGUAGCAGGAAGUUCACACAUAUUGUGGUGAGUGUGGUUCUUGACUGCUGGCCAUGCGACUUGUCGAUUGGUGGCCCGGCAGAGCGGAGUAAUUUUAAAUUUUGCUCUGUCAUCUCGAUAUUUGUUUUCGCUGUUACACGUAAAAUUUCAUUAUGUUCAUAAGAAUCAUGUUUGUUGUGUGGUAAAGAUUGGAUGAGGCUAUAAAAUAAAUUAUUUUGUACUUGUAAAUAUAUACAUAAGAGAUAGCGAUACCUUUGUUACACCUCAGAUGUAGUUAUUAGCGACGCGCUUAGUUAGUUAACAACGACCUCCUGCCGACAUUCCAUGCGUUCAUGGAUACUAUUUUCGCUCGCACGUCGAUAGAGUAUCGUUAAAGUUUUGUGGAUUCCACUUCAGGAUGCGCCGCAGAGCCAGAGUCAAGGUCGCUGAUUGGUCUCCAUUCGUGACCUGGGAUCCCAGAGUGCUGCAGCUGGAUCCACUCACACGACAUCGCCCGACCGCUUGUUUAUGUUUUUGUUUCUGUUGAUAUAUAAUACGUACAACACCUUCCUUUUCUUUUGCUCAGGCUAAGGUGUAGGACCCUGACCUCAUUCCAGUUGAGCAGAUGCUCCGCCUUGUCUAUGUGGUUUACUGUGGCGCUAAAUGAGUGGUGGUGCCUCACGUCGGCGCGGUAUUCUUCCACCUUGUAAUCAAACCCUUCUAGUUUCUUCGUAGUAGCUGCAGUCACAUCCUCCACAUGGAAUUUCAUGUACUAUGCUAUCAACCUUUUUUGAUAAAUAUUCUCCGCUGGUGAAGGGAAAUUAAAGGUUUUUCAUCUGUUUCCGUAGCUUCUUUAAUUUUAAUGUAAAGAAAAUUACAAAUAAUGUAAAAAUUCCUUUACCAUGAUUGGAUGUUAUGGGCGUGUUUUCUCAUUCAUUUUCUUUUAGCUGAACUGUUUAAGAAUUAAUAAUUUUUUAUAUGGUUUUUAUUUUAUUUAGUGAGGAAAUGGGUUUAUGGAUGGUGUUGUGUUAGGUAUCACGGAAGUGUUAUAUGUCUAUCUAUCUAUCUAUCUAUCUAUCUAUCUAUCUAUCUAUCUAUUUAUCUAUCUAUCUAUCUAUCUAUCUAUCUACCUAUUUAUCUAUCUAUCUAUCUAUCUAUCUA